AUGGCAGAGGCAGUGGUGUCGAUUGCUCUUGAAACUAUCCGCGAUUUGCUAUUGGAAGAGGGAAGGUUUUUAGAUGGCAUGGCCGAUCAAGUGAAGGAGCUCGAGUGGCAGCUCAAAGAGAUGAAGUGUUUCCUCAAAGACGCUGACAAAAGACGACCUUAUCAAGUUUAUUCAAGGAGAAGAGGCCUCAGGCAGUUUGUCCGCAAAUAUUCCUGCAUUUUGGAAGAUUGCAACUCACUCCACCAAUUAGGCUCCGAGAUUUCACAAAUUACAUCAAAGCUCGAGAGGAUAAGCAAGGCUAUGCAAGAAAUCGGCAUAAAAAAAAGCAUAAUCAUCAAUCCAAAUGGAGAGGGGGAUAGCUCGGCUCGAAACAACAUAUCAAGGAAGACUUUCCCCGAUUUGGAGAUGGGAGAUUUCUUCCUAGGCAUGGAGGAUGAGGUGGAGCAGCUUGUUCAUUACCUAGGGAAAGACACAGAGGAUCGGAUUAUAUCAGUUUGGGGAAUGGGAGGGUCAGGCAAGACCGCCAUUGCAAAGAAGCUCUACAACGAGAUGAGUGACUUUGAUCUCUCGGCGUGGGUUUGCAUUACUCAGCAAUGUCAGAGUCGAUCAGUUUGGGAGGAUGUUCUGAGGCAACUAGAGAAGAAGAGAAGAGUUUCAAGUCUGAGCCAUGAGCCACAAAUAAGGGAGGAGGUUCCAAGUCUGAGCGACUCAGAGUUAUAUGAUAGACUAUGUGAGAUACAAAGAGAGAAGCGAUGUCUCAUAGUUUUGGAUGAUGUUUGGGAGCUUUCUCAUUGGGAUGAGUUGAAGCAUCCAUUCAUCAUCCAAGAUUUGCAGAGCAAAAUAUUGGUGACAACACGGAAACAGAAGGUUGCAGAGAUUGGAUUGGCAGUGGAACAUGGGCUUUUACAUGUGGAUGCUGCUCUGGAACUACUCAAAAAUAAAGCAUUUCAGCAUGGAAACAUUCCAGGUCAGUUACAAUUAUUCCAGUCAUGCUAA